AUGGAGAUCCCAACAGUUAAUAUUAAAUCAAAAAAGUUGAUUAAACCAUCCACUCCAACUCUCGCCACCCUUCGCCACCACAAAAUGGGCUUCAAAGAUGAAGUUGUGGCCGCCAUAAACAUCCGUAUCAUUCUCUUCUACUCCGCCAUGAAUGCUGGUCCGGACUCCACCAUCAACUUCAUUACUCGUCUCGAAAACUCAUUAGCUCAAUGCUUAUCACGACUAUACCCCAUUGCUGGUAGAUACAACCACCAAAUUCGCACCAUUGAAUGUAAUGACCAAGGCGCGGAGUUCAUACAAGCCCACGUUCGAAACAAUAUAAAGCUUCAAGAUGUACUUGACCCGAAACUAAACCCUGAAAUGCUCAACAAUUUUCUUCCAUACGGAGUAUGUGAUGCAGGUGAAAUUAGUGACGCGUUGCUUGCAGUGCAAGCAACCGUGUUUGAAUGUGGUGGUUUGGCCUUAGGCGUGUCUAUUUCACACAAGGUUGCUGAUGCAGCAACCUUGUGUACAUUUUUGAACGACUGGGCAACACUGAGUCGAGAUGAAACCAGUCUCGACUCAGUUCAUCCAAUGUUCAACUCAGCAGAUUUUCUUCCUGCUAAAGGUUUUAUGGGUUACGAUCCACCUUUGCCUCGAACCGUGAAACAUAGAUUCGAGAAUAAUUACAUAACCAAACGUCUUUCGUUCAGUGACAAGGCGAUCUCAAUGAUUAGAGCAAAAAUUAGUGCCGGUCGAAGCUAUUCUAGGGUUCAAGUGGUAUCCGCAAUGAUAUGGAAGACACUAAUCGAUGUGGAUCGAGCAAAACAUGGUUCUCCACGAGCCUCAAUGCUUAUUCAACCCGUGAACAUUCGAGGAAAAACAACACCUCCAAUACCGAUUGAUUCUUGUGGAAACUUAGGGGGAUUUAUCAUCACUGGAUGCUCAAAAGCUCAAACAUUAAUGGGGAUUGAAUGUUUAGUAGAUUUGUUGCAUAACUCGAUCAAGAAAACGGUUAGAGAACUAAAGAACUUGAGUCCCGAAAGCGACCAAUUGCAAACAUUGGUUUUUAAUUCGUUUGUCAAGAGUGAAACUUGUGACGAGCUGGUGAGUGUGUUUCCGCUUACUAGCUGGUGCAAGUUUCCAUUUUACCAAGUCGAUUUUGGGUUUGGACCGCCGGUGUGGGUGGCGAGUUCGGCAGGGCCCGUGAGUAUGGUGACUUUGAUGGAUGGUCCAGGUGGUUGUGGGGUGGAUGCGUAUGUGAAUCUGGUUGGGAUCUCUACUGAAAAAGAUACAUGGAAAUUGAAGGUGCAAAUAUUACGUUUGUGGAAGCAAGCCUACCAGAUUGACAUGAUUUUGAUGGAUGAGAAGCUUGAGGAAGGUAGUACAGUCGCUUUUAGCAAGUUUGGUGUUGAUGUAAUCGUUUAUGUCGUAUCUACUACCGACAUGGCUGUGUUUAAUGGUGCUGGAAAGGAAAGCAAGAGGAUCAGUUUUGAGAUUGUUAACUUGAGAUAUUAA